GCUUAUAUUAGGGAUGGGGGAUGUAGCUUAUUACAAAGAAUGAGUAUUUGGUGGCUCCUCAUUCUUGGAACCAUUCUGCAGGUUUACAAAAAUGCUAAAGCUUAAAGGAGAUUUGCAAACUGCCAAGGGACUGAAAGAUGAGGCUGGGGAGAGAGACAGAGAAGUCAGCAACCUGAACAGCAAGCUCUUGAGCCUGCAGCUGGACAUCAAGAAUCUCCACGAUGUCUGCAAGAGACAGGGGAAGACCUUGCAAGAGAACCAGCUCUGUGUGGAGGAAGCCAUGCUGAAAACCAACCACAACAAGAAGCAACCUCAGACAUUAGUAUUCACAGACAAACAAAUGGACUUCAGGUCCAAUAAGCAGUAUCAUCUCAGGCAACUCCAGCAACUGAAGAAGAAGCUGCUGACCCUUCAGCAGGAACUGGAGUUCCGCACCCAGGAGCUGCAGGCUUCCUACUGCUCUCUCCUGCAGUACCAGUCCAUCCUAGAAAAGCAGACUUCCGACCUUCUUGUUCUCCAUCAUCACUGCAAACUUAAGGAAGGCGAGGUCAUUCUCUACGAGGAGGAGAUGGGAAAUCAUAGUAAGAGCAUUGGGGAGAGACUCCAACUGGCUCAAGAGCAGCUUGCCUUGGCGGGGGACAAGAUUCUCUCCUUAGAAAGGAGCCUAAACCUCUACAGGGACAAGUACCAGACUUCCCUGAGCAACAUAGAGUUACUGGAGUGCCAAGUGAAGAUGCUGGAGGGGGAGCUCAGCGGACUCAUUGGUCAGGACUCUGAGAACAAAGGCGACCACUCGAAGGUUCGAAUCUACACUUCCCCGUGCAUGAUUCAGGAGCAUCAGGAGACCCUGAAGCGACUGUCUGAAGUCUGGCAAAAGGUUUCUGAGCAGGAUGACCUAAUCCAGGAGCUUCGGAAUAAACUGGCCUGCAGCAACUCUUUGGUUCUGGAGCGUGAGGAGGCUUUGAUCAAAUUACAAGCUGAAUUUGCUUCCUACACAGCCACCCACAGGCAUCCCCCUACCUCCUCAGAAGACUGUGAAGACAUCACAAAGAUCCUAAAGCACCUGCAAGAGCAGAAAGACAGCCAGUGCCUGCACGUGGAAGAGUACCAGAACCUUGUGAAGGACCUGCGCACAGAGCUGGAAGCCGUGUCAGAGCAGAAGAAAAAGAUCAUGAAGGACAUGAUGAAGCUGGAACUUGACCUCCACGGGCUACGGGAGGAGACAUCAUCUGUCAUUGAGAAGAAAGACAAGGAGACUGUCUUCCUGCAGUACCGGCUGCAAGAUCUGCAGCAACAGUACACAGAGUCACAGAAGCUGUCCCUAAAGAAGGACAAGUUGCUCCAAGACAAGGAUGAGAGGCUGCAAGAGCUGGAGAAGAAACUGGCACAGAUGCAGAACACCCUCAAAGAAAAAGAGGUGGAGACAGAGAAGCUACAGGAUACAACAAAAGAACUGGACGCAAACCUCCAAGAAGUGAAGCAGAGCACAUCCAAAGUAGACGUUGAAGGUCUGCGGGCCGAGAUCCAGAAGCUGAAGGAGAGUCUCGAGGAAGCCAGAGAGCAGCUGAAGGUGUCAGAUCAGAAUCUAACCCAGUGUAAGGAGGAAGCCCACCUAUCUGCAAGCAACCUAGAGGAUGCUCACCGGAAAAUCGAGAACUGCCUUCUCCAGGACAAGCGGAAGGACGAUGUCAUUAAGGAUCUGCAGAGCCAGGUACAGAAGCUGCAGAAGGAGUCUUUGGAAACUGAAGAGGAACGAAAACACAACAGGCAACAGUUGCAGGAACUGAGCUCAGAACUCAGUGAAGGCCAGAGAAGGCUUUCGAAUGCAGAGAAGGAAAAGUUGCUACUUCAGAAGACACUGAACGAAGAUGAACAAAAAAUAAACGAGCUGCUUCAUAGUUCCAAAGUUUCUGAGCAGAAGCAAAGGGAGCUAGCAAACUCCAUAAGGAAGCUAGAAGAGGAACUUCAGGAGAUAAAAGGGCUCUUGGAGGAGAAACGAGAGCAACUGAAGAAGAGCAAGGAACAGGAAAAGGCACUGGAGGGAGAGAUCGAGGCUUUGCGACAAGAAGCGAAAAGGAAAGAGAAGAUGGCAAAGGAACAUUUGAGGAAGCUGGAAGAGGAGAAGGAGAACCUCCAGACGGAAUUGAACUCCUGCUCUUCACACCUGGACUCCUUGCUCAACAAAUACAACAACUCCCAGAAAGUCAUCCAAGAGCUCAACAUGGAGAUAGCCCGCCAGAAAGACUCCAUCAUGAUUCUGCAGACACAGCUGGAUUCAGCUAUACAGAAAGAGAAGAACUGCUUCCAGAACAUGGUUAGUAAAGACACUUACGAGGAUCUCUUGCGGAAGUCGGGCACCUGCCAGGACGACCUGACACAGGCCCUGGAGAAGCUCACUCAUGCAACCUCCGAGACAUAUAGCCUGCAGCGCAGCUUGCAACAGACCCAGGAGAGGAAAGCGCAGCUGGAAGAUGAGAUCGCGGCUUACGAGGAGAGGAUGAAAAAGCUCAAUAUGGAGUUAAAAAAACUGCAGGGCUUCCAACAGCAGAGUGAGCUAGAGGUGCACAACUUUGACAAGAAACUGGAGGAGAUGAGUAACCAGGUGUUGCAGUGGCAGAGGCAGCACCAGAGUGACCUUAAGAUGCUGGCAGCUAAGGAGACACAGCUCCGGGAAUUCCAGGAGGAAAUGGCUGCCCUGAAAGAAAGCCUUCUUGCAGAUGAGAAGGAGCCAACCCCCCUGCCUUCAAAGCCAGCGCCCAAAGAGACCUAUAGGCACCACCGGGAUAACGACCAGAUUAUAAACAACGUGGAGCAAUGGGCAAAGGAGCAGAAGAUUGCCAAUGAGAAGUUGGGCAACAAGCUACGAGAACAGGUUAAAUACAUCGCCAAGCUGACUGGCGAGAAGGACCACCUCCACAAUGUCAUGGUCCAUCUGCAGCAAGAGAACAAAAAGCUGAAGAAUGAGAUAGAAGAGAAGAAGCAGAAGGCCGGCAACACGAGGAUCUGUCCCAAGGUCCUAGGCCCAUGCAAACUGGAGCUGGUCCAAAAGGGGAAGCUGUGCAGUCCGCUGGGCUGGAGAGGGAUGUGCCAGGACCCGUCACCGAAAAUGGACCUCACCAAGUAUAUUGGGUUACCUCACUGCUCAGGCUCCUCCUACUGCUAGAAUUGGCUCUUCGCCCUAAGCAUCACUUCGACACACUCUCGGAGGACAGUGAGUUCCCACCCCUCUUUCUUGACCGGAACCAGCUCCUACAGUCGUCCAUCAAGGCCCCUGCCUAGUUUGCAAGAUGUUAGUGCUUGACUGAGUUUUGUCUACUUCCUGAAGUCGAAUUCUUAGUACCCCACUCUCCCCAGACUCUGGGCCCAGACUCUGAAAUAAAGAUACAAACAACAAAGCCUCCA